AUGUUAUCAUUAGGGUAUCAAUCAGGAUCUUCAGUAAAUAAUCUAAAGCAUCCUAACGGUAUAAAUAAUAAUGGAUAUAAUAAUACUCAUCAUGAUCCCACGGUAAAACGUGAUACAUUAAUGAAUGGUACAAAUUCAAUCAACAAUAAGAACCAAUUUAGUAAUCCUAAUGAUUUCAUCACAUAUGUAAUUCCAGACUUCAAUGCAGUGAAAUAUUUUCAGAAAGAAUUUGUCCAAUCCAAUGAGUUUCAUAUAAUUGAAGAAUCAGAAGUUACUGGAUUUGAGAUAUAUUUGGUUGAACAAUGGAUGAUUAAUAGAAAUAUAAGUUGUGUGAUAUCUGCAUAUACUGGAAAUGAAAAUUCCAAAAUUUCAGUUGUUAAAUUUACAAUUAUCAAGAAACCAUCAAAACAUUACCCCCUUCGAUUUCAAGAAUAUUUAAAUGAAAUUAUACAAAACCAUUCAAAGAUUAAAAAAAUGGAAACGUCAAGACCUCCAUCAAUGUCUACAAGUCGAGCAAAUAGUAAUAAUGAAACUAUAACACUAGCUAAAUUAUCAAGUAAAGCUCCAACAAGACGAGAAUCAACCACUAAUGACUCAAAUGAAGUGUGUUUUGUUACUAAUUUAACUUCACUACCUUCAAAUUUAAAUUUGAUACCAAUACCUGGAGGUGAUGUAAGAGCGAUUGAAAAGUAUUUUAUUAUAAAUUCCAAUUUGAAGAGGCUACAAUGUACUGGACGGUCAAUGUCAUUAAUUUCAGAUAAAUUAUCCGAUGCAUCAGAAGAUAAAUUUCGUCAAAUGUAUCGGAUAUAUAACACUAAAAUACCGGUAAAAUUUGCCAUUAGAGAGUUAAUUAACAUUAUACAGACUUCAUUAUUUUAUUUUGAUUUAUUAGAUGCUAAAUAUUGUAAUGGUUUAUUAUGUGCAAAAACAGAAGAAGCAAUAAUGAAUUGGUGGAAUUUAAUUGGAUUACCUCAUUAUAAUAUAAAACCUAAUUUUAAAAAUGGUGCAUUACCAUCAAUUACAGUCGCUGCUAUCAUAAGUUUAAUACUAAGUGUAAGACUAAGAAUUAUAAUAGUAGGAGGUACUGAUGUUCCUAAAGAUCCAUUUGAUUUUGAAAACUUUAUGAUAUCAAUUGGACAAUUUCAAAGACAAUUUAAAUUUGAAAAGACAAGGAAAUUAGAUAUGGAAACUUUGAAUAAAUUAUUCACCAUGACUAAUGCAAGAUUAUUACCUCAAAAGGAUUCAAAUUAUUUUUAUUCAUCGCCUUAUGGAAAUAAUGAAAUUGAUCAGCAAGACUAUGAUAUUUUAGGAUCACCACCCACAUCAAGAGAAUCAAAUACAAGUGCAACAUCACAAAAGAGAAGUUAUGGUAAGAAAGAAUUGAAAAAAUUGACAAAUGUAGUUAAAACAACUGUUCAAGAUCAUAUUAAUGCAGCUAGUAAUCGAGAUAUGGAAGAUAAAUCAGUACCUACAGGUAAAGCAACAACAGGAAGGAUAAGAAAUAGAAUUGCAAAGUUAGCAGAUACGAUAAGUCCAUUAGAUGUAGAGACUUUGGACUUGGACGUACUUGUAAAGAAUUAUUUAACGGGUAAAAAAUUAUUACGUUUAUUUUAUGGAGUUCAAAAUAGUGGUCCUUUUAAUUUACAACUGCAAAUAUCAGCAGAACAACCAUCACCACAACGAGAACCAGGUCAUCAUCAUACAAGACGUAGAGGUAGAUCAUUGUCAGAAGAUGCAAAUGCACAACAAUUGUAUCAUUUUGAAUGUUUAAAAGAUAAAAUUGCUCAAAAUCAAAUGUUACCAAUAUCAACAGAUAAACAUCCUUUAGGAUUUACUAAAAAAUUUGGAAGGAAAAGUUUUGUAAAUCAUGACCAAUUAUCCAAAAAAUCAUUAACUCAUUCAUUAUUAGAACCUGGUGUUAAUUUAGGUGAUGAAACAUCAAUUCAAUCUUCCACAAUGGUUGAUUCAUUUUUACAAUUAAAUAAUGGAGAUUCUAAUUCUUUUGUAGAGAGUGUAAAUUCAAAUCAUGGAUCAAUUAGUAAGAAAUGUGAAAGUAUAUCUGGCUUUCAAAAUCCUUUAGCUAAAUUCAAACAUGAUUUAAAUAGGAGGAAUUCAUGGCCAAUAUUGCAAAAUCAACAUGAACAGAAUUUAAAUAUAUUACUGUUGAAGAAGGACACUGAAUUGUUAAAUAAAACUGCUUUUGAGCCACCAAGUGUGAAUUUACGUUCUCGAAGUAUAAGUUUUUCAUGUAUUGAGAAUGAAUUAUUACUUAAACCUGAUCCUAAAAUGGGUACCAUUGCCAAAUUUUCACAAAUUUAUUUACAAAACAUAAGAACGUUGAUAAAUUAUGAAUAUUUAAGAAAAUAUUAUCAUGAGAGUAAUAAGAAACAUGAUAUAACUACGAAUGUAAGUGUUAAUAAAUCAUUUCAACUGAUGAAUUUAGAAUUGCUCAAGUUGAAAAAUCUUAAAAAUCAAAUGGAUUCAGCUAAAUCUAAGUUAAUAGAAGGUGGAAUGGCCGAUGAAAUAGAAUAUAACAUGAGAAAUUUAACAAGUACAAUAGAUAGAUUAUCCUAUGAGACCAGAAUCAUCGUGAAACGUAUAAAAGAACUAGAAGAGAAUUUCAAAUUAUUUGAAAUUAAAUCAAAUGAUGAUUGUCAAACUCGUAUGAAUAAAAUGAUUGAUCAAGUAUUACAACUGAAUAAUUUCAAGCAAAUUUAUGUUGAUCAUGAAGAAAGAAAUAAAAUAGCAUUUAAAUUAACUGGUAAUGAGAAUUACUAUUGUAAUGUGAAAAAUGAUCCCGAACAAAUGACUAUAUUAAGAUGGAUAAUAAUGUAUAUAUAUGGUUUUCUAUCUUCCAUUUUCCAUUUUUUCAAAUUUAACAGAUCAAAUAUGAAUUUAGAUAGGAUAAGACACGUUUGGGUUAAAUUAGAUCCUAAUAAACUGAUUAUAAAACGUGCUUAUUCAUAUAUUGGUAGAGAGCCAUCAAAAGAUAGUAUAGCAGCAACAGAUAAUUAA